UUGACCAGUUGAGAAAUAUACAAAGUUUGUAACUUUGGUGCGCUUGCGUUUGUUUUGUAGUUUGAAAAGUGUAGCCUAUGCUUUAAUAGUUUUAGGAGAAAAAACAGCCACUCUCUAGACCAGAUAGUCUAAAUUGCAGAAGGAACUUCUCACGAAUUGUGUUGGCCUCUUUUAAAUAUGUAUUACAACUGUAAUGUUAUCUGUUGAUUCCGGCGGCCACUGACAUCAUCCGUAACAUUGCGGCUCGCAUUUGUAGGCUACAGCAUAGCGUUCAAUCCACCAAUUGGGUGUCUUUUCAUCAGCCGAACUACAGGAGUUUAAAGAGGCCCAGUGACUCGUCACCAUGGCACCCUUCCUGCGGAUCUCCUUUAACUCCUAUGAUUUGGGUGUGCUGUCACCGCUGGCCCCUUCUGAACCUCCCUUCUGUGCCAUCAAGAUGAAGGAGGCUCUCACCACAGAGCGUGGUAAGACCCUGAUUCAGAGGAAGCCCACCAUGUUCCCGGCCUGGAAGGGCAGCUUCGACGCCCACAUCUACGAGGGGCGUGUCCUGCAGGUUGUGCUGAUGAAGACUGCAGAGGAGCCAUUGGCCGAGGUCACAGUGGGCGUGUCAGUCCUUGCUGAGCGCUGCAAAAAAGCCAAUGGCCGUGCUGAAUUCUGGGUGGACCUGCAGCCCUCAGGGAAGGUGAUGAUGGCCGUCCAGUACCUGAUGGAGGAAACAGCUGAUACAGAGGCCAAGCCUCCAACAAAAGAGGAAGAAGGUGGACCCACCCUAAACCGCAGACGAGGAGCCAUCAAACAGGCCAAGAUCCAUGAGGUCAAAUGUCACGAGUUCAUCGCCACCUUUUUCAGACAGCCUACCUUCUGCUCUGUCUGCAGAGAGUUUGUCUGGGGGCUCAACAAGCAAGGCUACAAGUGCAGACAAUGCAAUGCGGCCAUCCACAAGAAAUGCAUCGACAAAAUUAUCGGCCGGUGUACGGGCACGGCAGCCAACAGCCGGGACACUGUGUUCCAGAAGGAGCGUUUUAAGAUCGACAUGCCGCACCGCUUCAAGAAUCACAACUACAUGAGUCCCACCUUCUGUGACCACUGUGGAAGCCUGCUGUGGGGCCUGGUCAAACAGGGUCUGAAGUGUGAAGAUUGUGCCAUGAAUGUACACCAUAAGUGUCAGGACAAAGUGGCCAACCUUUGUGGAAUCAACCAGAAACUACUAGCGGAAGCACUGACUCAAGUCAGCCAGAAAUCCACCAGUCGGCGCUCAGACGCAGCGUUACUGGAGCCAGAUGUGGGGGUCUAUGAGGAGGUCAAUAGGAACUCCACUGGUGGUCUGGAUGUCAAUGACGGUGGCCCCUAUGGCAAGCUGUGGGAGGGCUCCAUCCCCCAGCCCUCGUCUCGCCUCACCCACCUGACACGCAUCAACGUAGACAACUUUGUCUUUCACAAGGUCCUGGGCAAGGGCAGCUUUGGCAAGGUCCUGCUGGCAGAGUUGAAAGGGCAGGGGGAGUGGUUUGCGAUAAAGGCGCUGAAGAAGGACGUAGUGCUAAUGGAUGAUGAUGUGGAGUGUACCAUGGUGGAGAAGAGAGUCCUGGCCUUGGCCUGGGACAACCCCUUCUUAACACACCUCUACUCCACCUUCCAGUCCAAGGAACACCUGUUCUUUGUCAUGGAGUAUCUGAAUGGAGGAGACCUGAUGUUCCAUAUUCAGGAGAAAGGACGCUUUGACCUCUACAGAGCAAUGUUCUACUCGGCUGAGAUCAUCUGUGGCCUUCAGUUUCUGCACUCCAAAGGAAUAAUAUACAGAGACCUGAAGUUGGACAAUGUGAUGUUAGAUCAUAGUGGACAUGUGAAGAUAGCCGACUUUGGCAUGUGUAAGGAGAAUGUGUUUGGGGAGAACCGGGCCACAACCUUCUGUGGGACACCUGAUUACAUUGCUCCAGAGAUUCUGCUGGGUCAGAUGUACUCCUUUUCUGUGGACUGGUGGUCGUUUGGGGUGCUGCUGUAUGAGAUGCUGAUUGGCCAGUCCCCCUUUCAUGGUGAUGAUGAGGAUGAGCUGUUUGAGUCUAUACGCAUGGACACGCCCCACUACCCUCGCUGGAUUACCAAGGAGGCCAAGGACCUGAUGGAGAGGCUGUUUGAAAGAGACUCCACUCGAAGGCUAGGUGUUGUGGGUAAUAUCCGUUCCCACCCCUUCUUCAAGACCAUCAGUUGGCCUGCCCUGGAGAGGAGAGAAGUGGAUCCCCCCUUCAGACCCAAAGUGAAAGCCCCCAACGACUGCAGCAACUUCGACCGUGAGUUCCUCAGCGAGAAGCCCCGCCUCUCCCAUGGCGACAAGAACUUCAUGGAUUCCAUGGACCAAUCAGCUUUCGCUGGCUUCUCAUUCAUCAACCCAGACAUGGAGCUACUUCUGGAAAAGUGACCGAGGUGGAGCCCUCCCAGCCUGUCGUCAUGCCAGUGGUUCUCAGUGAUAUAUUUGUCAAGGUGACGUCAUUCACGUGGAUCAAACCUUCAACUUGAGUGAGCUGUUAUAUGUUAAGUAUUUGUCACUGAAGCGCAAGCCUUUUCCUCCUCGGGUACGUACUUAGAGAAAUUAUAAGAGUUAUCUUAUACAGGAAUGGGCCUCUGUUGUACAGCUAAGUGUUCUUGUUUGUUUGCAUGCUAGAAUGUCCAGAUGUGGGAGGGCCUAAGGAUAGUUCGACCUAAAAACAUGGUUGGAUAAAUCAUGGUCUUCGGGAUGUGUCUGAAGGCCCAUGGAGAAUCAUUAGCUUUGUCAAAAUCCAUGACUUUAAACCGUGCAAACUGUUCUAUCAAAAGUUGCAAUGCAAUCAGAUACUAACUCGGAAAGCACAUCAAAAUAAGACUGGUGACAUUGUUUUCAUUCAAAGAUUCUGUCAAUGUUUUCAUCCUCGAGAGAAUGAUUUCACUUUUACAAUAUACUUAUGCGGCGCAAAUUCUUCCUAUGUUUUCCAGUCAGUUAUCUUCACACAUUUUAUCCAUCUUCAUGCCCAUGGCAUUUACUUUCUUGUAUUCUCAAUUUUAUGAAAUCAUAUUACACACAAAUUGCGGUUAGCCAGCUAGUUGGCUAAUUUGCAGUGUAAUAAACCAAUUACAUAUAUGCCACGUGUUUUAACUUAACAAGACAAAUAAUUCUUACAAACUCUAUUAAGGGUUGAACUGGGUAAGGUAUCCCUGAUUCGUGGUCCUCGUCCAGUGUGAAAUGUUCAUAGCAUACUCCUGUCAUUUUUACGUUCCUUGUUUGAUACUUCAAGGUGGAUGCAAUCAAUGCCACAGUCAAAGAACAGAGUGAUUUAUUAAUCAUUUAUUUAACAGGCCCAGAAUGCAGUCACUGAAGUCAAAUGUACUGCAUAUAUAUUUUGUAUAUAUUUCUGUUUGCUGCAUGACGAUAGCAAUAAUUUUGUUGCUAAUGGCUAAAUACUGUUAGCUGGUAGCAUAGCUAGCAUAUAGUAAUCAGUGGUUGUGGUAAAAUACAUUUAUAGCUGUAAAGCAGUGGAUGACAAAAACAUAAACAUAUAUUGGGGUUGACUCAAUAUUAGUAUCUGAUUUUUACCGGUGCCAUGUAGAAUGAAAUACGUGUAGUUACAAAAUAGUAGGCUAAAUGUAGGCAAUUUCUGAUGGGAACAAUGAUAGGCUAAUUUCAAUAAAUGAGCAAGUCAUCUUUUCCCCACUUGUUUCCAUGAAAUGUCCAUUGUGUGUAUAUGGAUUCCAAAAAGCCUCAACUGCAUCUGUACGAUUCUCAACUCCCAACAAAGGAAAUUAAGCUACAACGGUAUCUGGCUCCGUGUAGUUGUUUACUUCUUCCAGAUGAUAUUACUGAGUGGCUUGGGAAAAUGGUGCCGGUUUGGAUUAAAAACUAAUUCCUGCUGCAUUUUGACAGUAUUCAAUCUAAGAUGAGAGAUUACUAAACAUAAUGUGAAGUCCUUUCUAGUUAGUUUCUGCUUACAAUGCAGCUUUUGCUAGAUGAGGUCACUAGGUUUUAAUUCAUUAGUUUGAAUGAAGCGAUUCAUGCAGGCUGAAAUAAAUAAUGACUCAUGAAUUCCAGAAGGAGUUUUUCACCCAAACUUAAUUUCUGUUUGAACUAUCCCUUUAGUAGUCAAACAUAUUUUCAGGUUGGAGUAGUGUAUGUGUGUGCGUGCUUGCUUGCAUGCGUUUGUGAAAGGGAAUGACAAUGUAGAGAGUUUGUGUGACUGAGCUUUCUGCAUGUCAAUAGCAACCACCUCUCAAUCUCAGCUAUCUCUGAAUGUGUCACAUUAUUCUUAUAAGAUCCGUUUUUCCAAUUUGUGACUAUAGGGGGAGCCCUUCCGUCUAUGGGCCAAGUAUAAGGGUGUUUUCAGUGUGUUUGUGGACGGUUGGACUUUGUGCCAUUUUGUUUUAAGUCCAGUAUUUGACUGAGCAACAGGUAUUCCCGCUCUUUCAUGUAACCUCACCUGGGACAAAGAAAGAUUGGGUGUGAAUGAAUAUUGUGUAUGAUGUUACAUUUAUGUGAACGUCUUUAUUUGAAUGGGACUUUAGACGGUGACUAUAGAUCUAUAUGUAUAUUGUUGUAACAUGUAUAUUAUUGGUAUGGUGAGGAUGUGCUUUUUUACUGUCUCCAUCUUUUACAUCUUAAUAAAAAAUCAUCAACUCGGUGUCUUCAGUUACA